AUGGCAGCAGUAACCCCAGCGUUGCGACAGGUAAAUUCAAACGAAGAAAAAGAGCAAAGUGCCGCCUUUCAGAUCAGCCCGCUUCACAUACCAAAAAAUAAGAGUACCAGUGACUUGCUGUCAAGUGCAACUAAAGCCCUUCAAGAUGGCAGGGUGCGGGUGUCUUUCACCGCCGAGUCGGCAGGCGCGACUAGAUCACCCAUCGUUGCAGAGCAUGAGCAUGGCUUGGGUAUGGGGCUCGGCUUACGACGAAUACGGCAACAACCGGCCUCUCGAGUGCCUUCGCGAGCGCCUACUGUGCCCUCUUCACCUAAAAGCCCAUAUGCCUUGCCCACCCGGUCAUCCUCCUUGAAUCUGGGCGUUUUACCAGCUCGGGGAUUUAUGACCGGAGAGAAGCCAUCACCCACACUACAAUUUACAGAAGACUUAACAAGAUUUCCCUCGGAGUCUUUACACUCGUUCUCCUUCGCGAAUCAGUCAGAAGAUGCGUUGCAUAAUCGCCAAAGCAUAUUGAAGAGGGCUAUAGAUUUCAUGAAGGAUCGUCUAGGAUGGGGAGCCAACCAUCCUGGUGUCAUAAAGGCACAGGCAAAGGUCAGUGGAGAUGCAGAGGUGCAAAGCAUGGUAGAGCUCUUGAUUCGAGCCAAUGUGGUAGCCCAAAAUAGCCAAAAUAAUGUGACCUCGCAAGCUCGAAAUGGGCCCUUGACUGGGCCGGCAGAUGUUGAUGGACGCAAUGUCUUUGACAGAGCUUUCAUGCCCAUUGGCCAAAGUCCUGAAGAAUCAAUCAAGGGCCUGGACCUGGAUGAGACUCCAAAGAUACAAAAUGAUGCUGAGCUUUCGAGGCCAUCUUCUAGUCAGCCUGCGCCGUCUUUAGGAAGUGAAGCAUCCGCGCCCGAAGUUCCGGAGCCGCAGUCACCUUCGUCACAGCAAAUUCCAUCAGGGAGGCCGGCUCUCAAGCGCACAUACACGGACAUUUCCCUGCUUGACUUGCAGAAUCAACUCUCUGAAGCAUUGGCGAAACCAUACAAAUCCACGCAUGACGCGACAGACCACCGCGUGUUGUCUGCAAUCGCAGUUCCUUCAAUACAUGUCAAGGCACAAUUACCGAGCGUCAACGCUCCCGCUCAUGUUCAUGGCCAUAACAAUCGGUGGGUGCCAGCGGCGCAAGCUAUAUUCACGACCGAAGCUGCUUCUCCAUGGACGCUGCUUGCAGCGAAUGACCUAGCCUGUCUCGUGUUUGGAGUGACAAAGGCGGAAGUAAAGAAAAUGAGCAUGCUCGAGGUCGUGCGACAGGAUCGUAGGGCGUGGUUAGAGGACAAACUUCGCUCGCCAGGGUCAGAAGCAAAUCCGAAGUUACGGCAUGUCCAUAGUCAAAGUGCGAGAACAAGUCCGAAACCAACUUCUCCAUUAGGCGGUGGUAUCACUGCCUCACUUCUGAGCAAACCAUCUUGGCGGGAGCAGAGAUCCCAAACUGGAGGUUAUAAAAAGCAGCCCAAAGCGACACCAGACAACAAAAAAUCCAACUCUCGCGGUGUUCUUCUUUGCGGUGAUAUUGUUCCAAUUCAGAAGAGAAACGGAGCGGUAGGUGCGGCAAGCUUAUGGGUGAAAGAAAAGCGCGGCGGCCUCAUUUGGGUGCUCGAAGAGAUUGCGGAGGACGUUGCGUCUCUCAAGCUAGAUGAAGAUGCUGAUAUCCUUUCAGCCACUGGCGCCGCUAUGGCAAUAUGGGGUCAGACCGAAAAGCUUGUCGGCAAAGGCGUCGAGGAACUCAUUCCUGGACUUCCCCUCAUCGAUGGCUUUGCAGUAGACAAGAAGGCCCUCGAAAAGAGCGAAGACUCGAAAUACUACGCUGUUCGCAACAGAAGUGGUGUCAGCGUACCUGUAUCCGUGUCAAUGGAUGCAGCCACGCGGAGUUUGCGCGUGUCAAGCUUCCCUCACAUUGCUGGGAUAAUCGUUCUAUCAGCAUCUGAUUUGCGGAUCAUUAAUUCCAACUCGGUCUUCUCAGCCGCACUUUUUGGUAGAGAAGACCCUUCAGGAUACAAAGUCACCGACCUCAUUCCGCAAUUUGGUGACAUCCUUGACUUUCUGACGGACGAAGAGGAUGUUGCUCUCGUCGAUGGUAUCGUGGUACCAGAAUACAGCUUUCAGAGAGCUCGUGCCUUAUUGACAUUGCGUGAAGGUAAAGCCGACGCCGCUAUCAUCUUCUCGAGGCCAGCAGGGGUAGUCGCACGGCAUCGUGACGGUUCAGAAAUAAACAUUGAUGUCCAGAUGCGCGUUGUACGCAGUGAAAGAAGUGCAAGCGAAAAUUCCGUCAUCGAAGAGAAAACUGAGGACAGUGACGCCGAUGAAGUUGUAGAAGACUCAGAGCUAGUGUAUGCCUUGUGGAUUACUUAUUCGCGUCACCUUCAUUCAGCGGCACCACCAGGAAGUACUACGUCCCCUGCCUUCUCCCGACCACUCACACCUCCUCAUCAGCCAUCGCCUGGUCAAACAAACCGCACCGCCUCCCCAAUAGUCAUUGACCAAGACGACAUUCAACCCACGAACUCGCCCACCACGGAGAUAUCUCAAAAGAUCAAAGAAGCAGCCUCUCAACCCAUUUCAGACAGCCCACCUAAGCGGCUAAUGAGUGAAUCGCUGGCCACCACCACAUCCAAUUCGAAAUCUCCAAAGAAAAAGAAGAAAAUUGGUGAUUAUACUAUCAUCGAAGACAUGGGCCAAGGUGCUUACGGUCAAGUCAAGUUGGCUCUCUACGCAAAAGGUACCGGCAAGAAAGUCGUCCUCAAAUACGUCACAAAAAAACGUAUUCUCGUUGACACAUGGACGCGUGAUCGUCGACUUGGAACUGUUCCCCUAGAAAUCCAUGUCUUGGACUACCUUCGAAAGGAUGGUCUACGGCACCCAAACAUUGUAGAAAUGAUCGACUUUUUCGAGGACGACGUCAAUUACUACAUCGAGAUGGUGCCCCAUGGUUUGCCUGGAAUGGACCUUUUCGACUACAUCGAAAUGCGAUCGACCAUGUACGAGAGCGAGUGCAGAAAUAUCUUCCUCCAGGUUGUAGCGGCGCUGCACCAUUUGCAUACAAGAGCUCUUGUCGUACAUCGUGAUAUCAAGGACGAAAAUAUCAUUCUCGAUGGGGAGGGUAACGUCAAGUUGAUCGAUUUUGGAAGUGCAGCGUAUAUCAAUAAUGGGCCCUUUGAUGUCUUUGUGGGCACUAUUGAUUACGCAGCCCCCGAGGUCUUACAAGGCAAAUCAUACCGUGGACGCGAACAAGACAUCUGGGCCCUUGGUAUUCUCCUCUACACGCUUGUCUACAAGGAAAAUCCCUUCUACAGCAUCGACGAGAUUCUCGAUCAUGAACUGAGAGUUCCAUGGAUUAUGAGCGAGACUAAUAUCGAUCUAAUCAGGUGUAUGCUUGAUAGGGACGUAGAGAAAAGGCUAGAUAUUGAGGAGGUCAUGGCGCAUGAGUGGUGUAUGGAGGGUGGAGAGGGGGUCAGGGAUGAGAAUGAUGGUUCAUGA